UUGAUUAACAGGGCUAAUAUAUAUCAGGCGACCGGGAAAAACAGACCUGCAAAGAUCUGAGCAAUGGCAGGUUCUACUGGUGGUAACGCUUCUUCCAAUUCCUCGCCUACUCCUCCUCCCCCCAAAAUUCUUCUGGCAAAGCCCGGCCUCGUCACCGGUGGAGCAAUUUCCUCUAAGAUUGGACGCGGCGCCGGCGCCGAUGACGAAUCCGCAUCAAUUCGGUCCCGUCUCCCUUCACUUGGAUCCCUGAAUCUUCUCUCCGAUUCCUGGGACUUCCACAUUGACCGUUUCCUGCCGUUUUUGACUGAGAAUACGGAGUUCAAAGUGGUGGGAAUAAUUGGUCCACCGGGAGUUGGUAAGUCGACGAUCAUGAAUGAGAUUUAUGGCUUCGAUGGAAGUUCUCCAGGUAUGCUACCACCAUUUCCAAUUCUAUCUGAAGACGUUAGAGCCAUGGCUAGGCAUUGCACGUUGGGCAUUGAGCCACGAAUUUCUUCAGAGAGGAUCAUUCUUCUGGAUACUCAGCCUGUGUUCAGUCCUUCUGUUUUAGCUGAAAUUAUGAGACCAGAUGGUUCAUCCACCAUCUCAGUUAUUAGUGGCGAAUCUCUAUCUGCUGAAUUGGCUCAUGAACUUAUGAGUAUUCAGCUGGGCAUUCUUCUAGCGUCUAUUUGCAAUAUUGUCCUUGUGAUAUCGGAGGGAGCUCAAGAUCUAAAUAUGUGGCGUUUGAUGUUAACUGUUGACCUGCUUAAACAUGGCUUGCCCGAUCCAUCUUCUUCUGUUUUCUCUCAUACACAAAAUUCUAAUGUAGGAUCCGAGAAGGAACACAAAGAUAAAGUUUCUGCAAGUGAAGAAUAUAUGGCUACUCCAAUCUUUGUUCAUGCAAAAGUGGAGGAUCCAGAUCUUGUUCCACACAACAUCUUGCAACUAAAGAGAGCAUUUGCACAAUGUUUUAAAACCUCCUCAUUUAUGGGAGACAAGGUCCAAAGUGAGCAGCUACUUUCCUCUGUGGUUCCAGAUACCAGAAAUCUAGAUGUAGAUGGUGAAGAUCGAAGGUUGCUUUUCAUCCCAAAUCGAAACAAGGAUGACUCGACAAGAGGCCAAUAUGAAAGUUUUAACUUAGCUUUGUGGAAGCUGAGGGAUCAGGUUCUAUCCAUGAAUGGUACGUCGUUUUCGAGGACUGUUUCAGAACGUGAUUGGUUAAAAAACUCAGUGAAGAUAUGGGAAUUGGUGAAGAGCUCUCCCAUUGUAAUGGAGUAUGCUAGAACGCUUCAAUCUUCAGGUAUGUUCAGGAGAUAGUUGGAUGAUAUGAUUCUGUUCUGUUUGUAAAGGAAAAACAAAAGCAUGGUUUGUUUGCAUAGCCUUUAGUAUUAGGCCUCAUCAGUAAUUCUCCAUUCUGAGCUGAUCUCUGCUGUUUUCACUUCAGCCAUCAUACAUGGUAUAGAUUUUUCAUUUUUGUUAGACAGGUCGAUUCGUUUGGUGAUAAUUUCAACCGUCCCAUUUAUAAAUGUAUGAAAGAUUUUCCGAUCAUAUUAUUCAUUCUAGAACGUGGGAACGAUGUCAAUAGAAUGAUCUUCACCAUCAACGCCAAGUACCCAUAAAUGUAGUUGUUUAGGGUCUGGUUGGCAUGCAAUAUUUAUUCUAUAUUAUGUUUUCAUACAUCUACUAAGCCAAAGAGAUUCGUUGGUUAUGUUAUCUGUUUUUAAACAUUGUUUUUGACUUCAUCAAAAUUAGCCUGCUUGCGCCUUGGUUGGAGGGGGUAUUUGCAACAACGUUGAGACGCCCUCCAUAGUGUCUUAGCACCACAACACUGUGUCUCUUAGGGUGUCCGAAGGCUGGCUCCACGACACUCAACACAAUGUUACAACCGUAGUGUAUGAAUGGAUACAAUAUGAGUGGCUGCAAAAUAUAUUCUUGUGAUGUGCAAAUAGCAGAGGUUUACCAUCAAGUUAGCCACCUUGCUAUAACGAAGAAAAUUUGGUUCAAAGAUUAGUAUGUUGUUUAAAAGUUGGGUAAUAAUAAUAACAAUAAAUUGGAGCUGUUUGGAGAGUUCUGAGGUUUGCUCAUGAUUUCAAUUGGAGCUGUAAUCUUAGCUUCAAGCAUUUAGUCAUGGGCUUCUCAUUCAAUGCAAUCUACAUCUUUUAUCUUUUUUAGAACAUUUUCUUGCAAAGCUACGAACAUUUGCAGCGCAAUAGCCAUUAAAACGAGCCAAUAUGAUUUUACAAUAGAACUAGAGGCAUUCAAAACUGAAAAAAAAAAAAA